AUGAAACUCGGCAGCGGCUUCCUGAGCGGCGGCGGCGGUUCUUCCAAGAGGACGGCGAUGGAGCCCACCUUCCCCCCCAGCAUGGUCAUGUUCAAUCACCGCCUGCCGCCAGUCACUAGUUUCACUCGCCCGGCCGCGCCCCCGCAGCAUUGUGGGCUGACUUCUGUCUCUGCCACCGCCGCCGCCUCUUCUUCAUCCUCCUCUUCAUCUUCCUCCUCUGCCACCGCCACCACUGCCUCGGCCACCGAGACGCCUGUCCCUCCGCCUCCUCCCCACCCCCAGGGCAUGACUUUCAAGAAAGAGCCGACAGGAGGGUUUCCUCUCACCGCCACCUCCUCCUCGUCCUCGUCCCAGAGGAGCUCCUGGGGUUUCUUCCAUUCCUUGAUGAACAUCAAACAGGAGAAGCCCAGCGAUCAAGAGGAUGAAGAGCAGCAACAGCACCGUCACCACCACCACCACCACCAUCACCAUUAUGGGGGUCUCUUUGGUAUAGCUGGGGAGGAGAGGCAUCCCACUCACGGUGGUGGAGGAGGUGGAGUGGACGGGGCCAACCAGAGUGUGAUCCAGGACCUCAGUCUUUUUCACCAUCUGCAUCAUCAUCCCCAUAGAGGAGAUUUGUUACUGGGCAUCAGAAGCGGUGGCGAAGUAAGUGCUUCUUGCUCAGAUGAGCCUAAACACGAUGCCCAGACCAAGAAGGUGAAGAGGCCAAAGUCAGAAUCUCAGGGAAACAAAGCUAAGAAGAAGCCGAACACUUCAACCAAGGCCCUUGUGGCAGGAGAUGGAGAAGCUGCCAUGCUGUCCCCUAGCCAGAAACCUCAUGUCUGUGAACACUGUAAUGCUGCCUUCAGGAGCUCCUAUCAUCUGCGUAGGCAUGUGCUCAUCCAUACUGGUGAGAGGCCUUUCCAGUGCAGUCAGUGCAACAUGGGUUUCAUUCAGAAGUAUUUGCUUCAACGGCACGAAAAAAUCCAUAGCAGGGAGAAGCCGUUUGGAUGUGACCAAUGCAGUAUGAAAUUCAUCCAGAAGUAUCACAUGGAGAGGCACAAGAGAACGCACAGCGGAGAAAAGCCAUACAAAUGUGAAACCUGUCAGCAGUAUUUUUCAAGAACUGAUAGACUUUUGAAGCACAGACGUACAUGUGGAGAAGCCAUAGGGAAAGCAGGUGCUGGAAUGGAUCCUGGGCCAUCAAAUCAUAGCAUGGGCAACUUGUCUAUGUUGUCUCAGGGAAAUACAGGUUCAUCAAAGAGAAAAAGCAAAGCAAAAUGUAUACCCACUGAAAACAAAGAACAUAAACCUAGUCAUAAAAUAUCUGAAUCUCAAAUUGCAUCUAAUAUGUCCUUGCAGAAUUACGCAGUAGAGAUUCCAAUAGUGUCUUCCAGUGGUGGCUUGAUUGGCACUGGGUUGGAAGAGCUACAGAAAAAGGUGCCAAAACUAAUCUUUAAAAAAGGAAACCGGAAAAGUGCAGAUAAGAGCUUUCUUAAUUUUAUGUCGCCAUUACCAGACCUUCUUGGUCAGAAGCAAUUUUCUGGAAAACCAAGUAGCUCUCUUGGCCUAGUCGCAAAUACCAGUGUAGAUGCUAUUGGCCUUCUCCAAGCAGCAAGUGGCAAAUCAGGUCAAAUAAGUAGCAAUUAUGAUGAUGCCAUGCAGUUUUCAAAGAAAAGAAGAUAUUUGCAAACCGCCAGCAGUAACAGUGCCUUUUCUAUAAAUGUUGGGCAUAUGGCCUCCCAGCCGUCUGUUAUUCAGUCCGCAGGGGUAAGUGUUAUGGACAGUGAGACCCCAUUAUCUCUUAUUGACCCAGCGUCUCUUAAUGCUGACAUCAAAUCUUGUCAUGAUAAGUCUGGCAUUCCUGAUGAAGUCUUGCAAAGUCUUCUAGAUCAGUACUCUCACAAAUCAGAAGGCCAGAAAGAAGAUCCCUUCAGCAUCGCUGAGCAGCGUGUGGACUUACAAGCUUCAGGAGAACAUACAGAGAUGGUUCAAGAGGAGAACAUGAGUCCCAGUUCCCAGGCAGCUUCAAAUGACAAAGCAAGCAUGUUGCAAGAAUACUCAAAAUACCUCCAACAUGCUUUUGAAAGAACAACCAAUAGCACUGGUUUUGCUUUUGGUCCCAGUUUUCAAUUUGUAAGUUUAUCUUCAAGCCUUCAUAACCAUAGUUUGUUUCCAGACAAACAAGUGUACACUACGUCCCCACUUGAGUGUGGUUUCAGCCAAUCCGUUACCUCAGUGUUGCCAUCUGCAUUGUCAAAGCCUCCCUUUGGGAUGUUGCUUGGAUCUCAGCCGGGUUUUUAUUUGUCUGCUUUGGAGGCAACCCAUCAACAGUUGACUCCUUCACAAGAACUAGAUGACCUGAUAGACUCUCAAAAAAGCAUAGACACGUCAUCAGGCUAUCAUUCUACACCUCAAAAACUGAAUAGCCAGAAGGAACAAAAAACCCUAGAAACUUCAACAAGCUUUCCCAUUCCAUCUCAGGAGCUAGCUAACCAGAUAGAUCCUCAGAAGGACCUAGAACAUCGAGCAACAUAUCAGAUAGAGACCUUUGCACAAGCAUUUGGUUCUCAGUUUAAGACGGGCAGCAGGGUGCCAAUGACUUUUAUUGCUAACUCUAAUGGAGAAGUGGACCAUAGAGUAAGGACUUCAGUAUCAGAUUUCUCAGGGUAUUCAAAUAUAAUGUCUGAUGUUAGUGAGCCAUGUAGUACGAGAGUAAAGACCCAAACUAGCCAAAGUUAUAGGUAGAGUCUCACGUAUGACUAGGCUUAGGGGGUGGUCUUAAUGUGUUAGUUUUAUUUUGAUAACACUGCCAUUGGAAUGUUUCUACACGAUCCUAAUACAAAUAAUGUAACACGCCCUUUCAAUGCAACUUUUCAUACUUAGUUUUGUUAAUGUAAUUUUAGAUUGGUUUGUAUUAUGAUUUUUAAUCAGAUCAAUAGACAUUAUAGUUUGCAUUUUUUUGUGUUUAUGGGACAGUGUUUAGCAAUCAAACUUACUUAACUUAGUUUGUCAGGGAAUAGCCCAAAAAUUACAACUGCAAAAAAGAAAAAAAAAUAUUAAAAACCAAGACAAAAAAAAAUCACUUUUGUUUUAGGAUUAAGAUUAUGUUUAAUUGCUUUACUCUCAGGAAAAUGUAAUGAAGCAAGGCGAUUCUGUACACGGUUGGUGUAUUGGAGAUCUGAAUUUACAAAUAAGUGGUAACUCUACUCUGCCAUUUAACUAAGGGUUCUAAGACUUUGCAAAUUGCUGUCUUGUAUCUGGGUGAUAUAAAAUUCUGAGAAUUUA